AUGGCGAAUGAGGCGUUAUGGUUAACUGGGGUUGGCGAACAGCCAAAUCUUGGACCGGCAGACAUGUAUGAGCCUGGUGAAGGUGAAAUGUUGAUAAAGGUUAAAGCUAUAGCGACUCAACCAGGAGAAUGGAAAAUGCAAGAGGGCCUCAUUCCUAUUCGGCUUAAAUAUCCAACUGUUAUUGGUCUUUCUGCCUCUGGCAUUGUUGAAAAGAUUGGCCCUGGCGUGACUCGUUUCCAGCCAGGAGACCACAUUUUGACCAAUACCACCGGGGUUCUUCGAAAUGACUCUCGCUUUGGCGCCUAUCAGAGAUAUUGCCUUGUACCUGAGCGACUGGUUUCAAAGGUAAGCAUAAGCGAUGUACCAUUUGAUGAAGCAGCCAAUAUUGCUACAUCCUACACGGCAAUGAGUGCUCUAGUCCUCCAUCUUGGUUUGAACAGGCCACAGAUACCUAGUGCACCUGCCACUGGCGAAAGGAUUCUCAUCUGGGGCGUAUCAUCAUCACUUGGCGUCUUCGCAACUCAACUGGCCAGACAAGCUGGGUACGAAGUUGUCGGCAUCGCGUCUGGUCGCCACGAACAGCUUGCAGCACGAUUUGGUGUUACACAUUUCGUGGACCGCACUUCGGAAGAUAUUGUCUCCGCGGCGUCCGCACUGGGCCCAUUCAAGGCUGUUUUGGCUGCUGCAGAUUCUGCAGAGGAUCAAGUCAAAAUUGGAGCCAUAUUGGCAGCUCUAGGCGGUGGCUCAUUUUUAUCCACAAUGGGCGUUCGAGCUGGAGUGAAACUGCCGGCGAAUGUAACCGGGCACUUUGCCCAGUAUAUCGAUGAUUACCUGGAUGAGAAAAAUAGCGAGUUUACAGAGUGGUUCUGGUGGAACUAUUUAGAGAAUGCUUUAGCCAAGAAGCAGCUCACGUCACUCCCUCUCACUACUCUAGGGGGACUUGACAAAGCAGAGGAGGCGUGGAGGAUCCUGAAGCAUGGGGAAAAUCACGGCACAAGACUGGUUAUCGUGCCAGAACAAGAGGCAUGA